CUCCAGAACCCAACCCCCCCCGAGGGACGGCAACCCGAGAGCCCGGCGGGUCACAAGGCACCGCCCUGACCGAAGGACAGCCUGGUCCCCACCUGCUGGCCCCUCGGCCUGUGACCAGACCCCCACCCGCCUGGCUGGAGUCCUGGUCUGCCUCGGUGGCUCCUGCUUGACACGGGCUCUCUGCGAACGGAGGACAGUGACAUGCGUUCCGCCACGGGCCGUGGUCCUCCCUGCUCAGAACACCUAGGCUCAAUCCACAACCAGCCUGAGACCGGCCUGCACUCGGCACACCUCACUGCGGGUGGUCAGGUGCCGGCCAGAAAGACCAAUACCUGCCCGUCUGGGGUCUGGGGAGUGAGGCCGGGGCUGUGGGCCCCGAGUCCUGAGUCCUGAUGGAAAGAGGUGGGGCUUUAGGUAACCACAAAAGCUUCCUAGAGGAGGCGGCUUUGAGAUGGGAAGGAGCGAGGGAAGUUCCCUGACGGCGCUGAGGGGUCGGAUGGCAGCCACCCCACCUUCUGAGCGGAGUGAAGGACCUUGUGAUCGUUACUUACCGGACGCAGGCCUCAGCCUCUUCUGUGAAAUGGGUGCGGUACCUCAAGGGGGCCAGCUGGCGUGAGGCAGGUCUCAGGCACACCUUCCCCCAGGGCCCCGGACCCGGGAGUCUCUGUGGUCAAGGGCAGCCGGGGGCCUGGUCCAGGCCCCUGGGGACCCUGCUCAGGAGGCGGGCGCUGGCACCAGGCAGGGGAGGUGUCUGCUCUGGUCUGAGCAGAGCGCCCCGCACCCAACCCGUGUGCACCCACCGAGCCGGCUCCCUGUCCACCGCAGGGCCAGGAUGGACGAGGACUUCUCCUCUCAGAUGAAGAAGAUGGCCUUGGCCAUGGGCACGUCCCUGUCAGACAAGGACAUAGAGUUGCUGCCCACGGACAUGAGGCAUCACGGCUCCUUCAACUACCUCAAGUUCUUGGAGUACAUGCAGAAGUUCCAGGCCUCGGGGCAGCUGGAGAGCGCCAUCCGCCAGGCCUUCCAGACUCUGGACAAGGACAAGAGUGGCUUCAUCGAGUGGAACGAGAUCAAGUACAUCCUGUCCAUCGCCCCCAGCAGCACGCCCACGGCCCCGCUGACAGACGAGGAGGCAGAGGCCAUGAUCCAGGCGGCAGACACGGACGGGGACGGCAGGAUCGACUUCGAAGGUGGGUCGGCACAGACGGGGGGGGGGGGCAGAGGUGUCUCUCGGGACCUUCCUGGCCGGCCGCUCCCGGACCCCGCGUCGCGAGGCACCCAGCUCGGGGCGACGCUGAGUAGGGCCGCCCACCCCCAGGCACCAAGCGUACAGCCUCCUCCUUAGGGGGCACCGUCACCCACCACAGAUGGGAAGCUGAGCG